AUGAGAUGAUGUCAUGAAUGUUUUGACAAUCUGCUAGAAACAAAAAAAAAAUUUGUUCUUUCGACCCUGGAAUCGUUCACUCGCUAGUUAAUUAAUGAUUGGUUCCUUUUCAAGAACACUUCGCCUAGCCCCUCAAGUUCAAACCCUAGUGAAAACCACUCGACCACACCUGUUUUCACGUACAAUAAGUAGCAAAAUGAGUGGACUACCUUUGAAGGAAGUAGUUAAAAUUCUCAAGUCUUAUGCUCAUCCUGCGCUAGCUGAGUCGUGGGAUAACGUAGGCUUACUUGUCGAGCCAACAGAGCCCAAAAAGGUAUCGUGCAUUAUGUUGACGAAUGACUUGACGGAAAUCGUGUGUGGAGAAGCGGUUGACAACAACGUUGAUAUGAUUGUCUCGUACCAUCCGCCAAUAUUUGUACCUCUGAAGUCCGUCACUCAGAGAACGUGGAAGGAACGAAUUUUAGCCAAAUGUUUAGAAAAUCGUAUAGCUGUGUACUCUCCACACACAUCCUUGGAUGCCAUAAAGGGCGGAGUGAACGAUUGGCUUGCGACUGCUUUUGAUGUAAUGGAGAGUCGUCCGAUAACACCGUCAAACAAAAACCCCGAAAUCGGCAUUGGCAGAAUUUGCGUACUAAAAAAUGAAAUCACAAUGGAGAAAGCAGUGAAAUUGGUGAAAAAAAAAAUCCGACAGUCACACGUACGAUUGGCUCGUAGUUCAGAUUUUGCUUCACGUGGUAUAAGAACUGUCGCCGUGUGCGCUGGCUCUGGAUCUUCCGUAUUGAAGGGAGUAUCGGCAGAUCUGUUCGUGACCGGGGAGAUGUUGCAUCACGAUGUCCUUGACGCCGUGCACGGGAACACCAGCGUCAUUCUGACGAAUCAUUCGCAUUCGGAGCGUGGCUUUUUGGAUGAGAUACUCAAGCCGAAAUUGAAAACUUUGUGCGGUGAUUCGGUUAAAAUCAUCUCUGCCACGAAGGACGAUGACCCACUGGAAACUGCCUAAUUUUCACCUAUACUUUUCCAUACUUACUUUUUUUUUUACCAUCACUUUCGACUGAUGAGUAUGCGAGUAAGUUGUCCAUUGUGAUAUACUCACAAAUAGCAUUUGUGUACAUAUAUACGUGUAUAUUAUACGUAUUAUUAAAUGAUUGAAAUUUUC